AUGUACAUCACCCUCUACUACAUAAUCACCCGGCUCCCUGACUCUCUUCGGGUAGUCAGGGACCACUUCCUCUCUGUUUGCCCCACCACUCUCACCGUUGAUCUCCUCGAGAAGGCCCUCCUAGUGACAGAGAAGAGCAUAGUCGCUGUAGGAGCCUCUCGUGGUGACCCUCGCACCCCCCUCUUUGAGGGGUGUUCUCCCUCCCCCCUCUUGCCCUCUGUUGCCUUUGCUGCUGCGGCCGACCUCGUUGGUUUCGAGUCGGUCGGCGCUGCGUCUGCCCUGAGCGGGAGAUGCCGCACCGACAAGGGCAAGGGGGGCAAGGGCACUGGAGGGGCUGGACAGGGCGGUGGAGGUGGUGGAGGAGGCGGUGGAGGGAGUGGGGGUGGUGGUGGGAGUGGUGCCGGGGGUGGCGGCGGCGGCGGCAGUAGUGGAGGCGGCGGAGGCGGUGGAGGUGGCGGAGGGAGCGGAGGCGGCGGAGGUAGUGGAGGAGGCGGAGGUGGAGGAGGCGGCGGAGGCGGCGGCGGCGGCGGAGGCGGCGGUGGUGGAGCGAGUCGUGACUCUGCGCCGAGGAGUGGCGCCGGUGGUGGUCAGCGCCAGCAGCAGCAGCGGAGUGGUGUGACCCUGUCCCCUCAGCACCUUCCUGAGUGGUACACUGCACGCCAGCCCGGUGGGGGUUUUGGUCCCUGCUUUUACGCCGGGGUUGCUAUCUUUGAUCUUGACUUUGAUGCUAUCCUUGCUGCCAUGUAUGCUGUUGCUGAUAGUGUUGAGGGUGCCAGUUACCUGUGUGUACUGCCUAACCCGGGCAUUGAGGCUGCUGCGCUAAGUGCUGGUGAGGCUGCUGCUCUAGGUGCUAGUGCGUCUGCUGCCCCAGGUGCCAGUGCGUCUGCCGCCCCAGGUGCUGGUGAGUCUGCUCUCUCAGGUACUACGUCGGCUCAGGCCUUCCAUACCUUCACCCUGGACUUGGGUGCGUCCCGCUCCUUCUUUCGAGACCGCACCACUCUUACGCCGCUCAGUCGGCCGGUUGCAGUCUCCCUUCCACCGCCUUAG